AUGAAAGCGGUUCCAUCAACAUACCAUCAGUGUGUGAAGAUUUCCACUCCAUGGGGGACAGUGAAGGUCAUGGGAGUCCAACAAGAGUCGAAAGAGUGCUACAAAACCUCUAUGAAAUCUACAACCAAACCCCAACAAGCAUCCCAAUUAAGGCAGGGGGCACGACAUGUUCUAGAGAAAAAGGAACAAGAUGUAAAGGAAGUGCCCCUGGGUAUUGAGGAUCUUGAAGCUAAAGCCCUCAUAGGAUCCUCAAUGCCUGAGCAGAUCGAGCGGGAUCUACUGAAUUUCUUAAGAACCAGAAGCAAGACAUUUGCAUGGAAACACGAAGAUAUGACAGACCAAUACACCAAAAAAGAAGUAAAUUUGCACCCCGAAAGAAAUCAAAUAAUCCAAAAGGAAGUAGAGAAGCACCUUAAAACAGGAAUGAUCAAGGAAGUGAAGUUCCCAAGAUGGCUAGCUAACGUGGUUGUCAUACAAAAAAAUGGAAAAUGGAGAGUGUGUGUAGAUUACACGGAUCUCAGCAAGGCUUGUCCUAAGGAUCCUUUCUGUCUACCACAUAUUGACUCUGUGAUAGAUGCUAUAACUAGCCAUGAACUCCUGACCUUCAUGGAUGCUUCAGCAUGA